AUGCCUACGGAAUACAAGAACUCUUUCUGGGCUUGCUGCUCCCCAUUCGAUCUCUGCCUCAAAGCAUGCUGCUGUCCCUGCUUCGUCUCCGGUCGCAACCACCAUCGUAUUGAACACGGAAAUGAUGAUGAUUAUUCGACAUGUAAUGGCUGGUGCUGCGGUUGGUACGGUCUUGCUGCUAUCGGAGGAUUCUCAUUCGUAUUGCAAAUGCUUGAUCGUCAAAAGAUGCAGAAGCAACAUGGUCUCGAGGGAAACGCCUGUACCGGCUGCAUGGGGUCCUGUUGUUGUGCCUGCUGUGAAUUGAUGCAAACGAGCAAGGAACUGGACUACAUUCUCCUCGAGAAAAAUGCUGGUGCAAAUGGGUAUCAACCUCAAUCUGGAAUGGUUGCCGGUCCCCAGGCUGGUGCUUAUAACUAA